AUUACACCAAUCAAGGACUUUGACCGCGUGAACGGACCUCCUGAACCUCGUGGAUGGUGCCAUGCCAUUUUCGCAGGGCCCCGAGCUCUCCAUAACCAACUGCACCCUCCGAUCUAACACUGCGGCGGAUGAACACGGAGGCUCCGUGCACACCACCAGCGUGCCGCUCAGCCUGCGGGGCUCCCGACUGGCAGCCAGCACGGCCAAGCAGAUGGGCGGGGCGGUGUUCAGCAGCGCGGCAGAGUACAUAACUGUUUCGGAUUGUAUAUUAGAGGACAACCAUGCAGGCGGGUCGGGAGGCGGCCUGCGAGUAGAAGGCGCCAGCCUUGUGAUGGUGAACGGUUCAACCGCUAAAGGGAACAGUGCCUUUGAAACGGGAGGUGGUCUGGACCUCCUUAACACAGCCUGUUCGUACAUUUCUGGAGUUGUAUUGGAGGAUAAUACAGCGGCCAGUGGCGGUGGUGCACGAAUGGCCAUGCCAGCCUUGACCGGACAAUCUUUGGCCGCCACUGGAUUAAGCUGCCAAGCUGCGUUCAGCCAGCAAGUGGGAGAGGAAUGGGCGGCUCGGCUGUCCCGCGUGUCAGAACGCAUUGUAGAGCAGCAGGGUGAGGCUGUCGUACUUGUGGCCGCUAACCUUGUUGCCACCAACAACCAAGCUCUGAGAGGUGUAGGCGGCACUCUGCUGCUGGAAACGACCCGUGGGUCCAUCAUCCUGGAUGCCUUGAGGGCCGGCGGCAACAUAGCUGCUUCCACUGGUGCCGCCGUCGCCUUCAUCAAUACAGUUGCAGAAGAUGCGGCUCUGUACGUGAUGUCGAGCUGGCUGUACGACAACAAGGCAGCUGGUAUUGGGGGAGCAAUCUCGAUGGAUGGCAGUUGGUCACAACAGCAGAUGUUCAUUUCCAACACCACCUUCCAGCGCAACCGCGCCGCCUCGGGUGGUGCCGUGAGCCUCACUCGCAACGCCUCCCUAGCGCUGCAAGACUGCACCCUGGAGGACAACACAGCUGCGGGCAGCAGCGCGGGCGACAGCGGCGACGGCAGCGGGGGAUCACUGUACGGCGAGUCGUGCAACUGGAUGAUGCUGAAAGACACCACCAUCCGCACCUCUUCCGCUGUCCGGGGCCACGGUGGCGGACUGUACUGCUCCGGCUGCGGCGGCGUGGUGCUGCACAACGCCUCCCUCGUCCUCAACGACGCAGCGGGGUCGGGCGGGGCGGCCUAUGUUGACGCCUCCACCGCCACUGGGCCCUCCCUCGUGGAAGUGCUGGGGGGCACCAUGAGAUUGAACACAGCGGGCAGCAACGGCAGCAGCACCGCUGUUGCCUCGGAUGGCAACCUCUUGUCUGGUUCAGGAGGCGCGCUCUACCUGGGCGGCCGGCUGGCUGCGGUGCUCAACGGCAGCCGUCUGGUGGGCAACACGGCGGCCAGGGCGGCGGGCGCACUGGCGCUGGACCUGCGCUUUCGACAGGAUACCUCCGGCAGCAGUGACGUGGUUUCCUCCUCUCCACGCCUUUUCCCGCUCCUGGGUAGUAGUAGCAUCGCUAGCUCCUCGUUGACCUCCCCUGCAGCCUCUCUAGCCGUCUCCAUGUCCUCCCUGCGCCCGGGGCUUGCGGAGAUCGCUGCAGCGAGCGCCCUCACACUGCAAGCACUGGCAGGAGCCGUGGGCCGCAGUGUCGCGUCCGACUGCUGGCCGAUAGUCAUAAACCGGCCCGCCCUCUGGAACAACACGGCAGGGGGCAGCGGUGGUGCUCUGUACUCGAGUUCAGCAUAUACACUUGCCUUGUUGUGCGACGGAGUGCAAACAUCCGGCAGCGACAGCGACCUUGCAUGGAUGGUUAACGCCAUCACUAGCAACAGCAGUCCCGGCACAGUACCUGCCGGAGCGGUUCAGCUGGCAACAACUGCAACGGGAAGCAUUAGCAGCAGCACCGGUGACAGUGACACCAGUAACAACGCAGGCAGCAACACCACCUCCGACUUGUACCUGGGCAUGCUACCCACAUCCCAGGAAGCCCGUACGAAGUGCUUUGUGCCACAACAAGACCAGGAGUUUUACGCAGAGCGCGUGCCGCCUAAUCAGGCACGUGGCGGCUACGGCAAUGAAAUGGCUACAACACCCAAAAUGCUGAUUCUGUCAGCAUUAGCUGAGUACGAGAGAACUGCGCUGACUUCCUACAGCGCCAAUAAGAUUAAAGUCGUGGACAGCAGCGAUCCCACACGAAUAGUGGUUUACAGCAGAUUGCUUCUUCAGGCAACUACCCAGGAUAGAGAGGGUGGCUAUGCCAACACGAGUGCAACCGCAACGACAGCAGUGUUCAAUCCUCCCCCGUCGUUGCCACCGGCGGCAUCAGCCUCAAGCAGCAGCGUUGCCUCUAGCACCAGCACCGGGAGUACAGCCGUAGCAGUCAGCAGUGAGGACUUCGUCUGGUUGCGUCGUGCGGUGUUGCAGGUGGACGGGCACCUGGCCGAGGAGUGCAGGCCGGGUCAGCGCUGCGCGGUGGUGCUGCCGACCAAUGUGGCGGUGGCUCUCGACAUCUCGGUGUACGAUGCGCUGACGCAGCUUGUCAACGAUUCCAGCACAGUCCAACCCGUGGUCCGGGUCUCUGUAAGCUCAUCGGACGCUGGCCGCCCAGUUGACCUCCUGGGCAACCCCACUGCGCAGGUCGACGGCGGCAUUGCAACCCUAACCGGAAUUCGUUUACGGGCGCUCAAGGGGGAGUACUCCUUGCAACUGGGGCUCAGCAACAUGGAAACUGAGGUGGAUCCGCUGGUCCUUAAUGUCACCGUGCCGCCCUGCUCCCUGGGGGAGGUCGCCAUGGAUUCAGGCUUCUUUUGCUCCAGGUGUCCGGCAAACUUGCUGAGCCUGGACGUCGACUAUUUCACCAAUGCAAGCGGUGGCGGUGCAGCUAUUGGCCUAUUCGGAGAGGCAGCGAACACAAGCGACACGGGCACCAGCACUGAUGGACGCUGCUUUGCAUGUCCCGACAACGCCAACUGUACGGGUGGUGCGGUGGUGGCACCGGUGCCUGGCUACUGGCACAGCGCCGCCAACUCAACCGCCAUGCAUGCAUGCCUCAACCCAGCCGCGUGCAGGUAUGGUGAUAUUACGGCUAACGCCGCCCUGGUUCGCUGUCAGGAGCGUUGGUAUGCCUAUUUUGGCAAUCCGUGGCGCCUUUACGCCCUCAUGUCAGACGGUAAUGGUGGUGCGGAUGUUGUAGGGGCCUACAUAAACGUCUUCAGGCAAGCGGCUUCCAACGCUACUUCCGUACAGCCGUACACACCCUUGAUAUCCAACAGCAGCAGCGACUUUGACGGCUUCCUGCUGGACUGUGCGCUGUGGGGGCUGCCCGACAACGACAGCGCCAGCUACAUGCAGAUGCAGUGCGCUCCGGGCUAUACGGGUAUCCUUUGUGCCACUUGUACGGAUUACGACGAAUCACGUUACGCUCUGGACUCAGACUUCAGGUGCAACCCUUGUUACAGCAAGUGGUUGACCAUCCUCGUGGGCGUAGCAGUGUUCAUUGCCAACACACUGUGGCUGAGCUUCUCUGCCAUCAUGACACACAUGACGGACUACUCUAAGCAGAUGCAGAAGCAAGGCGCGCAACGAAGCGUCAGACGAAGUGUUAAGGACCUUAUCACGGGGCGGAUCAGCAACGGAACUAUCUACUAUCCGGGUGAAGAGGAGAGGCGCGGGAAGAAAGGCCUUGCAGCGGCGGAUAUCCUAAAGGUGCUCAUCGUCCAUUUCCAGUUCUUCCUCAUCGUUACACGUAUCAACCUGAACUGGCCUGAUUCCGUCACGGGACUUCAAUCCGUUGUUGGCAGCAUCACGGGUACCGUGAAGCAGGUGUACUCUCCCAGCUGCCUGCUGCGCCCCGGCUCCGACUCAGCCGAACAGGCUCGCAUGCAGGUGCUUCCGGGGCUGCUGCUGCCAGCCUGUUCCGUGCUGCUGGUGCUAGUCCUGUGGUUUUUGAGGGCACGCUUUUGGAUGAGCGGAAAGCACGCGCCGUCAUCUGUCGAUGGUGAGCCACGCAUCUGGGGCACAUUGUCUCUGAAGCGCAGCAUUGAGUCGCAACCUUCUUUGAAGGACGACGCUGCCGUACGUGGCCCUCGAGAAACCGAAGGCAGCGAGGGUGGUGCUCCAGCAGUGGAACGACCCACGGGUCAUCAUGGACGCAAAGGCCUUAAGGACGCCGGAUCAGCUGUUGCCGCCAACACGCGCAAGAUCUAUUUUGCCAACGAACGAGAAAGGAUACGGCAGGGGCCGGAGGGCUCCAGUGGGAAGGCAACAGCAGGGGCAGCGGCAGCAGCGGCGGAUGAAUUUCCGGUCAUUGAAGGAGACGGCAUGGCCAUAGUUCAAACUGCAGCCACAGUGGCAAAUCGCGGUGCUCGAGGAACACGUAGAGCACUUUCAUCAAAGCCAUAUGGAUUAGGAGCGGGCCCAAGGGACGUCCGGAGUCUGCUAGCAGGCACAACAUCUCUGACAGCAACCACUGCAGAAGCGCUAGCGCACGUGGAGGUGCUAAUGGACCAGCCUGUCAACCCUCUAUUCGGCAGUAGGGCGUCCGUGGUGACGUCAUCGCCACGGGCCUCCCUCGCCGUAGUCGCGGCCGCAGCAAUGCGGCGCCUGUCCUCUGUUGCACGCAACCGCACUAGGGAGCUAUGGCGGCCGCUUGCUCCUGCUACCUCUGGGUCCAUCUCCACAGCGCCAGGGCCGGUAGCGGAAGGCACUUCACCGCCGCUGCAGCCCGCCACCAGCAACCGCCACCCCAAUCCUUUAUAUAAUGAAAGGACGACGCCCGCAUUGGAAGGGACUCUGUCCGCAGCAUGCAGCAUUUGCCCUGAAAUAGUGGACAUACUGGAAUACAACACUGGUGAUGGCAAGCAAGAGCCGUACGACAACGAAGCUGCUGUCAUACCAGCUGCGCGGUGGUGGCAGCCGCGGCGACUGUCCAGGGGAGGGUCAUUGGCAGGAUGUCGCAGCAGCAUCACCUCCAACAUUUACAGCAGCUCGGUAGGAUCAACGGAAAAGCCUGGGGCCGGAAAGGGGCAUGCCAUUGGACAGUCGGUUGAUGCAGCGAGAAGCAAUGGCGCUGCGGUGCAGCAGGACACCAGCGCUGCCAAGGGCAUUGGUUCUGGUCCCGAAAAGGGUGCUAGACGGAGAUCGCAACGACUGAUUGCAGUUGGAGCCAGCAGCAAGGCGCUGGUGGGCGCAGCUGGAGGCAAAGCAAGUUUUCGCCGCAAGAAGCCGACUGCUGUGCAGCCGGUGUCAGUGGGAGGACCUGAUGAGGGCAAGCUACCGCUUGGGAAGCAACUGUUCUUGGUACUGAUGGUGACAUGUUUCAUCAUGAUGCCUAAUUGGGCAACUGAGGCGCUUUCCAUCUUUGCGUGCUACCGGCUGGACGAUGGGCAGGUCGGCAGCGGCAUGUCGGAGUCCUACGUUCAGUUCCAACGGGCGACCUGGAAGUACGGCUACUGGAUUCGGGACAUGAACCAACAGUGCUAUGCCGGCCAGCAUCUAACGUUGUGGGUCCCCAUUGGCGUAGUGUCGGUAGUCCUGCUGUGCCUGACGAUGCCGCUCCUGACCGCGGGGUUGCUCUUCGCUAACCGCAAGCAGCUGAUGACCCAGCCACAAGUUAGGCAGCUCUAUGGCUUCCUCUUCAGCUCGUACCAUGACAAGUUCUACUACUGGGAGAGCCUGUCACAGGCGCAAACGCUGGUGCUGGUGGUGGUAGAGGUGUUCGGCCGUACCCUCCCUGUAUACCAGCAAGCCCUUCUGUUGGAGAUCAUUCUGCUGGCGAUCCUGCUGCUGAACACCUACUUCAGCCCGCUCAGGGCGGCUGAGCUCAACCUGAUGCAGCUGCUGUCCCUGGCGGUCAUCUGCAUGACGGUCACGCUGGGCAUGUUCACGAGCAGCCCGGUCGACAACGUCUCUGAGGCGAGCGAUAUCAUCCUCGGCGUGGUCAUCCUGCUUAUCAACUGCCUCAUCAUCCUCGCCUUCCUAGCGCUAUUCAUCUACCACGCCCUGCCCACCGUGAAACGGAAAGCCACAAGGCUAAUUACUCGACUGGGGUACGAUCCGGCGCACCUGGAGCAAUCGCUGUCCCGUGCCUUGACGAACCUCUCACCUUCCCGCGCCUGGUCGUCGCUUUCCAUGCCACGUGCCUGGACGUCGCUAUCGCACACCAGGAGCCGAGGACGGGAUAUAGGGCUCCCGGUGCAAUUCGAAGAUGAUGGUAUCGGAGGAGGAGGUGACACUGGAGAAGCUGUCGACAAUGGGCGGAAUGGUGGAGUGGGCGGCCAUGGCUCAAAUGCAGUGUAGGCUCUUGGUACUUCUGGUGUUCCAGGUUUGUUUGUUUGGUAUGUGAUGCCGUUGUGUCGAUAAUGAAAGCAGGAGGAGUUGACGCAGGUAGGCUUAGGAGUGGACGAGGUGUGUAAAGGAACGUAAGAGUGACUGCUGAAACAGCAGUUACGAAGUUUACUACGGAGCAUUGACAUUUGGCAGGUGCUCAGCGCGCAUAAAACCGUCUAGACUCUGACGAAUUCGUGGGACUUGAUCGACGGCUGCCUGUUCCAUGUCCCUGCAUGCCGCAGUAUGAUCUAGUCUUUACCAGGCAGACCGCAUGUAGCAAGCAUUGUCAAUUAUUUGCCCCUUGACCGAGUAGGUACUUCUUUUUGUCCUACUUCAGUUUUAGGAGUGUUUUUUUCCUUCAUGCUCUGUCUUCCAUCCUUGGUGUGUUUCCUUUUCCGAGCGUGUGCAAUUUAGGAGAGGUUGGCUAUGCCGGCCGCCAAGCACAUACCGGUACAGCUACGGCAUAAACAUUACACUGCCGUCGAUAGCUCUAAAUAAUCCCACACUGCGAACGAACGGCAGCUUCUGUAAUUGACAUCUAUUGGAACGUGACAAUCCUGCCGCCGAGCGCUCUAGGCCACCCAUGGGUCCCUAGAUGGAUGCUAGGUUGUAACUUGUAAGGAGGGAAUUGGUGUCAAGCAAGUGUCCU